AUGGCCACACCUGCUCGAUGUCACCUGAGAAACUGGAAGGUGAUGCUGCUUGUGUUUGUAUGUCUUCUGGGUCUCGUUGAUGGACAUUUCCUUCAGGAGGAGAAAGAAGAACCCCGUCCUAGCAAGCUGAGAGCCUCUUCAACCUCUGCAGAACAUCCAGGACCGCAGAAAGCUCUAGAUGAGUGGCAGAGCAGAGCACCAUGGGCACGACUGCAUGAUUCGUCCCUGGCCGAGGAAGGAGAGGGUCAUCGGAUCCGGUGGCAGCGUUCCUCUACAAACAGCUCCAGUUCACAGAAAUCUCAGAGGAACCGUAAGGAACGGCGCAACCGCAAGCGAGGCCGGAGCAGCCAGGACUGCCGUUUGGAGAGAAAAGAGAUGAAGGUGCGUGAUCUGGGCCUCGGCUACGACUCGGACGAGAUCGUGCUGUUUAAGUACUGCGCGGGGACGUGCAUGAGCGCCCGUAAGAACUACGACCUGGCCCUGAAGGUGCUGACAGAUAACGGCAGUAUUCCAAGCCGCAAGGUGAGCACUCACCCCUGCUGCAGACCCACACGCUUCGAGACCAUCUCUUUCAUGGACGCCCAGACGAGUUGGCAGACCAUCAAAUGGCUUUCAGCAGCCAACUGCAGCUGUGUGGGAUGAGAGAAGCCCAGGAGAUGCAGCCGGUAAAAUCAAUCCAAAGCUCCGGUAUAGAAAGCGAGGAAAUUCCAGUGCAAGGAAUCGGAUGCAGCGCUCCUGAUGAUGCACUACAAACCCAGCGAAUCUGCUACCAUCAGCACGGGAGCCACAGGAAUACAGGACGUCCUGCAGGGAGACAGUCGGAAACCGUAGGGAUUUGCAUCAUGUGACAUCAGAGAGCUAAAAACUGUUCCUGUGAAGCGAGUCGUCAGAUUCCUGCUCCAGACUGCAUGGAAAGUUUGUGAAAAGUAACUUGAAGGCCUACAUUUCACAUGAUCUGCCUCUAGGCAUUAUGAGAUUGAGAAACUGGAGAUGUUUUAAGAACGUGGAUACCAUGAAGUUUCAUUAUAACAGAACAGAAGGUGCUUUUAAUUCACUUAUCAGCUUAGCAUGUGUGUUUAAUAUACACAUACUUUCCUUAAGCCAUGUGCACAUUACAAGACUGAAGCACGUCACCUUUUUAUUCUUGUGUGUAGUCUACAACAAAAAGUUCCAGGUGUUUUGCAGACACAGGCCAAACAUUUGUUCAUGCAGCGGAGUUUGCAGGCCGGCUCUGAAUGCUAAGUGGUGGAUUUCUGCAUCAGCUCUUUAUAAUGAUGAAAUCGUGCUCGGUUACACUGCAUGUCUGGACAUAUGCCCAGUUAUAACACUCUCUUCCAUCAUCUGAUCAUCAUUAGAUUAAUUACUGCUGCCAUGAUCGCUAAAAAAUGUACACAAACUAUUUUUAACUCUUUUCAACUCUUUUCACUUUGAAACAAAAUUCCGCCUGCUUUCCAUAAGCAGUGCACGUGUUGAAUUUUGUGAAUAAUGCUGUAAUGUCUAUA